AUAUUUAUCCGCAUUUGGGUGGCACCACGACCUUUAGGUUAAGUGGGGGAUAAACUCAUGGCAGGGUAUAAUACUCACCUGCAAUUGCCCUCAGUUUUCACUUUGCUUUGUCUUGUCGAUAGUCUUCUGCAGCGAAAGUGAUUUCGGCAUGCAAUCAACGAUGAUGGUAUUACCGGCACUGGUUGUUGUGCUCUUUACCUUGGGAUCGACAGUGUCCCUUGAGACUCCAACGUAUUCCAACAAAUACGACGACGUUAACAUAGACCUCAUCCUCAACAGUGAACGACUCUUAAAGCAAUACAUAGCCUGCGUCUUGGACAAGGGACCUUGCUCUCCGGACGGAAGAUAUUUCCGAACUGUUCUACCCGAUGCACUCGCUACGAACUGUGCUAAGUGUACGGACAAAAUGAAGGGUAAUGUUCGAAAGGUGUCGAACCACAUUAUGGAGCGGAGACCCGACGACUGGGCUAAGUUUGUUAAGAAAUAUGACAGUGAUGGGAAAUACAGACAAUCUUUCUCACGUUUUCUGAACGAACAGAGCUAGACGACAUGUGAUAUGAACUGUAUCACGAUUUCCGAUCUGAAUCUCGAAAUCUUCACUUAAGGCUAUUCGUCGAUAAGUUUAUUUUACUAGAAUUAUAUAAUUGAAUAUUAUACUUUUAUUACU